GCAGGCACUCCCACGCCAUACCCCGCCCGACCUCAGCUGCUCGGAUUCUCCGCAAUCGGCUGGCGACGCCUGCGGGGCGGGGCCGGCUGCCGGCGGGGCGGACCGGACCGGGCCGUUUUCUGUCCGGGCCGGGCGGUGGGGCCGUACUCCGGCAUCUCCGACGGGGUGCGGUGUGCGGCUGCUGGCCCCGGGGUUAUGUGCUAGGGUGAUGGUCCUGCCGGCUGGCGCCAGGCUUCUCCCGCGCUCGGGAGGGAACCCGUUCCUCAGCCUCCUCCUCUUGCUGCUGCUGCUGCUCUGCCCCGGCGGUGGGUGCCUGCCUCGCCGCCGGCCCGCGGGGCCGCCCGUGGUGCUGGUUCCAGGAGACUUGGGCAAUCAGCUGGAAGCAAAGUUAGAUAAACCAUCCGUAGUGCACUAUCUCUGCUCUAAGAAGACAGACAGUUAUUUUACACUCUGGCUGAAUUUAGAAUUGCUUCUUCCUGUCAUCAUUGACUGCUGGAUUGAUAACAUCAGGCUGGUAUACAAUCGAACAAGUAAGAUUACAGAGCCACCAGAUGGGGUAGAUAUCAGAGUCCCAGGUUUUGGGCAGACAUUUUCUUUGGAGUUCCUUGACCCAAGUAAAAGGAGCGUUGGCAGUUACUUUUAUAUGCUGGUCCAGAGUUUAGUAGACUGGGGCUAUAAACGUGAUGAAGAUGUAAGAGGAGCACCUUAUGACUGGCGAAAGGCACCAAAUGAGAACAGAGACUAUUUUGUGGCUCUUCGUAAGAUGAUAGAGUUAAUGUAUGAGCAGUAUGGAAGGCCGGUUGUCUUAAUUGCCCACAGUAUGGGUAACAUGUACACCCUCUACUUCCUCAACAAUCAGACUCAAGAUUGGAAAGACAAGUACAUAAAGGAUUAUGUGUCAUUAGGUGCUCCAUGGGGAGGAGUGGCUAAAACUCUCCGUGUGCUGGCUUCAGGUGACAACAACAGAAUACCUGUUAUCAGUUCACUCAAGAUCAGAGACCAGCAGAGAUCAGCUGUUUCCACUAAUUGGAUGCUCCCGUACAACUACACAUGGCCUCCAGAUAAGGUCUUUGUAAGAACACCUACAGCUAAUUACACUCUUAGAGAUUACCAGAAAUUCUACAGGGACAUCAAUUUUGAAGAUGGCUGGCUCAUGAGACAAGACACUGAACCCUUGGUCUACCAGAUGACACCACCUGGUGUGCGCAUACACUGUCUUUAUGGUACUGGCGUGGAAACACCCGAUUCCUUCCAUUAUGAAAGUUUUCCAGACAAAGAACCCAAGAUCUUUUACAGUGAUGGGGAUGGUACAGUAAACUUACAGAGUGCCUUGCAAUGUCAAAAGUGGGUGAACAUGCAAAAACAGAAAGUGGUGGUAUUUGAGCUUUCAGGAAAUGAGCAUAUUCAGAUGCUAUCCAAUGAUACUACAAUCUCCUAUGUGAAAAAGCUGCUUUUUGAUUUGUGACACCUUGUGUUACUUUCCUCACCUGUGAUGCCUUCCCUUAAAUAUGGGGAAAAUGCCUUUUAAUCUCUUGGUAUUUAGAUAUUUGAAUUAUUUAUUUUGUGGGGAUUUUUUUUAAGGCUGUGUUUGAGAAGUUGUUUGGUGUCCGAAAUGAUUGUCUCUGAUUUGUGCUUAUGAUGCUUCAUGGUAUUUUCACAUUCUGCAGAUUUGGUCAAAUAAGCGUUUUGGUGCCUCUGGUGUUUGCGUCCAGUAUUAUACAACCUUUCACUUGGAGAUUGUGCAGCCCGUGCACAUACUACGUAGUAUCAGAUGCCUGAGUUCCUUUGGGUGACUGUGUAUUUGCAGGGUUUGGAGUGAGAGGGCUGGGAAAGGCUGCAGGUUCAGAUGCCCAUAAAACAAGAUAAUAAUACUACCAAUUGAGAAGCACAGUAAACUUUUAAAAAGGUCUUCCAUAUUUUCAUUCACAGUUUCCAGUACUUUAGUUUGUAAGUGUGCACAUCUACUGGGUAAAAUAGGGAAGACCUCUGGCUGGUACUGUAUUACCUUUGUCAUAAUCCAGACUUGCUUUUAUUGCAGCUUUUGGGAAGAGAGAGAGAUGUGUGAAUGACUUCAAUUUCUUAAAUACUUUUAAAUUUUUUUUUUUUCCUUUUUAAGAAGGAGAAAUUGUUUGCUCAUGAACUUCUAGAGCCUGAUUACGUAAAAUCUGAAGUCUGAGGAAUUCUCACCUUGUGCUUUAUUUAUCAUUGAGGGAAAGAAGCUGAACAGUGGUUGGUGCUUGCAAUAGCCUUAGCUGUGUGGAGUAGUAGAUAAAUUAAAGCUAAUUGAAUGCUGUCGAACAA